GAAAAAAAUUAAAUAUAAAAUGAAUGCUGUAGUUUAUGGCUAUUUAAAUAUUGACGGCUCUAUUACCGAUGAAAAUCAACCAAAAAUAAGUAAAGAAGCCUUUGCCGUAAUUAAAAAUAAAAAAAUUGAAGAAAAAGAAUUUUUGGAAAAAACAACAAAAUUAAACGAAAAUGAAACAAAAACAACUUUAAUCGAAAAAAGAAAUUUAUUUUUGGGAAGUAAAUGCCAGACAUUUUAUUCAGCAGACCCUUUUGUUGUUUCUAGGGCUUUUAUGCAAUAUAUUUUUGAUGAACAAGGAAAUCGUUUUAUUGACUGUAUUUCUAAUGUUCAACAUGUUGGUCAUUGUCAUCCACAUGUUGUCCAAGCAAUAGCAACCCAAAGUAGUUUAUCUACUUGUAAUAUUCGUUUUGUUUCUCCAAUUUUGGGAGAAUGUUCGAAAGCUUUAAUUAAUACUUUACAUCCUUCAUUAAAUACAAUAUUUUAUUGUAAUUCUGGUUCUGAAGCUAAUGAUUUGGCGUUACAAUUAGCUAGGGAUUGGACUGGGGGAAAUGAUGCUAUUGUUUUAGAAAACGCUUAUCAUGGGCAUAUAACUACUGCGGCACAAUUAAGUCCAUAUAAAUCAGAACAUGGUGCCAAUAUAAAAAGACCUGAAUGGGCACAUAUUGCCCCAACUCCAGAUGUUUAUAGAGGCAAAUAUCGUCUUUCAGAUGAGGAACUUAAUUCUCCAGAAGCUUUAAAAAAUGCCGGAGAAUUAUAUUCAAAAGACAUUUCUGUAUUACUUGAAGAAUUAAACAAAAAUGGAAGAAAAUUGGCUGCUUUCUUUGCUGAGGCUUUGCAAAGUUGUGGAGGACAGAUUAUCCCACCUCCAGGAUACUUUCAAUCUGUAGCUAAAGAAAUACAUGAUAAUGGGGGUUUAAUGAUUGUGGAUGAAGUUCAGACAGGGUUUGGAAGAGUUGGAGAUACUUUUUGGGCACAUCAAUUAUUUGGACAUGGAGAGGAAGAAUUUAUUCCUGAUAUUUUAACAAUGGGCAAACCAAUGGGAAAUGGUUAUCCAGUUUCUGCUGUUGUUACUCGGAGAGAAAUUGCAGAUAAAUUAUGUGGAAAUGCUGAAUAUUUUAAUACAUAUGGAGGUAAUCCAGUUUCUUGUGCCGCUUCUCUAGCAGUUUUACAAGUUAUUGAAAAAGAGCAUUUAUUACAACAUUCAAAACAAAUGGGAAUUUUGUUUAAACAAAAAUUGGAAAUAUUAAAGUCUAAAUAUUUUUGUAUUGGCGAUAUUAGAGGUGUUGGAAUGUUUUGGGGUUUAGAUUUGGUUAAAUGUAGAAAAACAAGAGAACCAGCAACUAAUUUAGCUGGGAAAUUGAAUUAUGAUUUUAUUAAAAAAUGGGAGCAGCCUAUGUACCGCGAGCCCAGUGUACCGCCGAGUUAUAACUUUCUUCAGCAUUGCCGAAUACGUGGCGCCCUGGUAUGGUUCGAUUCAGCUGGUCGAGCCGCAUCGAACCAUACCAGAGCGCCACAAAUUCGACAAUUUAUAACAGUUAUAGCUCGGCAGUACAAUGGGCUCGCGGUACAUCGGAGUAUUUUAAAAUUACGUAAAGAAUAUGGAAUAUUAUUAAAUGCAGAUGGGCCUUUUGGAAAUGUUUUAAAAUUUAAACCUCCACUUUGUUUUAAUUCUGAUAAUUUAGAAAACGUUAUUAAAGCAUUAGAUGAAUGUUUAAAUGAAUUAAUUAAAGAAGAAGAAGAAUAA